GAGGAGGAGUGUAGUAAUUUAUACAGCAGCAGAAGGGUUUGUGGGAGCUGCUCCAAGGACGAAGACGGUAGCGGCACUCUGUUCAUGGCAUUGAUUGAAUCACAUCGCUUAGUGAUCUCUGACGCAGCGAAGAUGUCAGCGGCAAGCCAAGCAGAGAGAGCGGUUUUGGAGGAAGAAUUUAAAUGGCUUCUGAGAGAGGAGGUACACGCUGUCCUGAAGCAGCUGCAGGAUAUUCUGAAGGAAGCUUCCCGGCGCUUUGCGAUGCCAACGGGUCUCGAAAGCCAGCUUAAACAGGAAAAUUUCAUACUGGGAAGCUCAACCAUGGACCAGGUGAAAGGAGUGCUAACGUUACAAGGUGAAGCGCUAACACAGGCUGAUAUUAAUCUGAAAAUGGCGAAAAGUAACCAAGUCUUACACUUCACAUUCAGAGAGGAUAAACAGUGGAAAAUGCAGCAGAUUCAGGAUGCAAGAAACCAUGUGAACCAGGCUCUUCAGCUGCUGAGCAGCCGGGAUGAGAGUUAUAACUUCCGAACAGGAGCUGAAGUUAAUAAGCUAAUGGAUGCGGUGAUGCUCCAGCUAACCAGAGCACGGAAUCGUCUCACUACUCCUGCAACGUUGACACUGCCAGAACUGGCCUCGAGCAGCCUGAUGAAAAUGUUCACACCACCCCUCCCAGGAGAUGUGAUGGUGAAUUUUUACAUUAACCUCAGCAAACUCUGUCUGAUCGUGUAUCAGCUCCAUGUCCUCCAGCCCAAUACCAACAAGAACUUCAAACCUUCAGGAAGCUCAGUGUUGCAUAACCCUGGCGCAAUGUUUGAACUUGGUAACAUGAGGUUUGAAGUAAGUCAUGUCCACAAAGUGGAGUGUGUGGUCCCCUGGCUGAAUGACACCCUUGUCUUCUUCACGAUCUCACUCCAGCUGUGUCAGCAGUUGAAAGAUAAGAUUUCUGUCUUCUCCAGUUAUUGGAACUACAAGCCUUAUUAACCUCUAGAACUUUGGAAAAAGUGUUUCUGAGUCAAAGGACAUGGAUCCAUGUACAUAAUUAUUUCUGCUAAUAUAUCUUUUGAGAAACAUUUUUCUCUAAGUCAAAACUAUACACAAUGGAAUAUGUUUUAAACAUUAAUCACAUCACCCUGCUGGUGCUGUUCUGAGGCUUGUGUUCUUAACGGACCAACAGGAUGACCAUACUAAUGUUGCACAUGUAUGCACAGGAGCAUAAUUGCGGAGACUCUGUACAUAUGGCUAUAUAUGCCAUGUAUGCUAUAGAUUUUUUAAGUAACAGCAGACUUGAUAUUUAUUUUAGGUAGUAUCUGCAAUGGAAAGUGUUUUUUCUGUUUCAGCCCAUGUUGUCAUGUUAAACUUCUGUAUGCAUGACGGGCAGUUACAAUUUUCCUGUCUACCACAGCAGCCUGAGUUGUGAUAGUUACACGAACUAUUCAGUAUUCGCAUUGAAAGGAAUGAUUAGAAACUCUCAGGCUAGCUGUUUGACUCUGAUACGCAAUGUUACUCCUACACUAAGACAAGUGGCCAUAUGGCACUUGUCAGAAGUUAUGUCAGAAGUUAGCCAUGACUGUGAAUAUAUUUUUCUGUUCUCAAUUUACAAACAUUCCAAGAACAAAAACAAAUGUUUAUUUUAAGCGUGAGCCAUUUUUCAACUGGGACCAUUCUUUUCAUGCAGAGAAAACUGAAUUUGUUUCACCUUGGUGAUGUCUUGAAAGCUAUUAAUUUGCUUGAUUUAUAUGAACAAAUAUAAUUCAGUGUUGAGAUUAUUUAUCUUAUUGUGUUCCCAUUUAUUUAUUGAGUUAAAGUAAUUUGACUUUCAUUUUUGUAUUUGUAAAGCAAAUGCACUUUUUUUUGUCUUUGUUAAUUAUGAAGUAAUGAUUCCCUCUAAACCCACGAUGCCCAUUCCUUCACACUAAUGCUACAGAUAGCGUUCCUGACAUGUUAGGUUUUUGAGAUUAAAGCGAUUGUGAAUGCAUUAUAAAAAGUAUAUAUGGACCAAACAAUCCACUGUGUGUGCAAUAAAUGUAUUUAUAAAUGUA